AUGAUACAAUAUGCUUCUAAGGCACUUAGUACUAUAUAUGAUAUCCAAAUAAAGAAGAAUAUUAAUGCUGAAAUACUUUUGGUUCCAAAUGGUCCUCCUAAUUCAGCAUUAAUUGAUGAAAAUCGGCGAUAUUGUAAAAGGCCUAAGCAAAUCGUUGAUCCAAGUACAAAUAAAGUCACUGAGAAGGCUAAAUUUCCAGCUUCAAUUUGGAAAUUACUCCCUUGCAUAGCGUGAAUUCUUGCACAAUUGCAGCUUACAAUGCUAUGUAUAAUUGCUGCGAUUGUGCUUUGUGGCACUCGUAAAUAUUUAUAUUUAUAUUCCUUGUCGGACGUGCCUCCUUAUGGCAUCGCUCAAGUAGAAGCUAAUGAAGGAGUAGAUACUCUUCGUCCUAUUGGUACACCAAACGAUUAA